AUGUCGAUUACAAAUACUCAUUUAUUAAAUCCUUCACCAUAUAGUGGAACGGUGAAGAAAUAAACUAAUGGCAAUUAGUCUCAAACAUCUUUGAAGAACUUUUAGAACGUAGUUCCAUAGAUUAAUGUGUAAAUCAAAAAUCAGAUGUAAUUAAAUUUUAAUUGUUAAACCUAAAGAGAAUACAAACACCGAUAAUCUGAACUAGAGACUAAGAGAAAACAAUAAUCUCCAAAUGUCUAAAGGUUCAGUUAAGCAAAAAAUAACAAUUUUGUUUCCGGAUAUUAUUCGAAUGGAAGUGCACAAUAAAAAAGCAUUAACUUAAUUAAGCAAUAAAUAUGUUAUCAAUUAAAUUCUGUUUAAGAUUUAAAGAAAGGAGUAUAAGACGAGAAAAAAAGUUUAAAAAAACAAUCUAAAACUAAGUCUUCUGAAUAAUUAUUAUCAAAAUCACAUAAAAUAACUACAGAACCUGCUUAAAAAACUUAAAACAAUUAAAAUUUAAUAAAUAAAAUUAAGGAGUAGUCAAAUUAACAAAAGAAUGGAAGCGUAAGCAAUCCAAUCGAAUUUAAUUUUAAAAAAUUACUUCAAAAAUACCAUUUAACUUUAAAUAAAGCUAAAAGUACUGACAGAUUAAAAAAUAUUAAUCAUCCAGAUUUUUUGAAAGAAUCCUUUAGAUAAAAAGAAUAAUAAUAAUCAGCAUUAUAGCAUUAUGUCAACAUUCAACUUUAUGAUAAAGAAAAAACAAUAGAAAUUAAAUAUGACUGUUCAGAAAAGACUACAGAUUAAUUAUUUUAAUAUUUGAUUGAUAGUUGUUAAGAUAAUGAGAAUAUCAUAGGAUUUUCAUCCGUAGAUAAUAACAUCGCAGUUGAAUACUACUUAAGUCUCAAAAAUAAAGAUUUGAUGAUUUUAGAUAAGCAAACCAUAAAAUUAUAACCACUUUAUCCUGAAUACACUUAAAAAUUAUCACUUAAGGGCUUCCAUUUUUUAUUAUGCGUUGGAAUUGGAGGAUUUUCAAGAGUAUAUUUGGUUAGAUCUAAAAGAAAUGGUAGAUUUAUAGCCUUGAAAUUGAUAUCAAAAUAAUUCAUAAUAGAACAUUAAAAAUAAUAGAUUGUGUAAAAUGAAAGAGAUGUUAUGGUCUAAUUAAAUUUAAGCGAUUAAUAAAUGCCUAAGUAAUUUAUAUGUCAGCUGGAAUGUGCAUUUGAAACUAAACAUUGGGUAUGUUUUGGUAUGGAAUAUUGUCCUGGCGGUGAAUUAUUCAAUUAAUUACGAAAAGUUUAGAGGAUGAAUUAAGAUUAGGCAAAAAUCUACUUUGUAGAGGUUUGUAUUGCUAUUGCAUUUUUGCAUAGUUAAAAUGUAUUGUAUCGAGAUGUGAAACCAGAAAACAUCUUAAUUGAUGAAUAUGGACACUUAAAAGUGGCAGAUUUUGGGUUAGCUAAACCUAAUAUGGGUUAAUUUGACGAAGCAUAUUCAUUUUGUGGAUCACCAGAGUACAUGGCACCUGAAAUGUUAUAGCAAUAAGGACAUACCUUUGCAGUUGAUUAUUAUUGUUUAGGAGCCUUGCUUUAUGAAUUAUUAACUGGACUUCCUCCAUUUUAUUCAAAAAAUACAGAUGAGAUAUUUUAAAGUAUUUUAAAUGAUGAGGUACAAUUUCCAGUAAAGGUUUGUUCUCCUGAAGCUAAAGAUUUAUUGAGAAAAUUAUUACACAAAGAUCCUAAUCAGAGAAUGGGGAAUCGAGAAGGGAUUUAGGAUAUAUUAGGACAUCAAUUUUUUGAUGAUGUAAACCUAAUUGACAUUUUAAAACGAAAAAUCUAACCUCCUUUUUUGCCCAAUUUGAUUAAAUUCAAUUUUGAUCCAAAAGAAUUCAAAUAAGGAGAAUAAAAGUUUAAUCAAGACUUAUAGAAGUCGCUACAAAGCGAUUAAGAGACUUAAUUUGAACCUAUGUUUGAAAACUUCUAUUUUAUAGGGGAGACUUUGAAAACAAAAAAACCAAAAUUUGAAAAAUAAAGUAAUAGACCUUAAUCAUUGAUCGAAGCUCAAUAAGAUACGAUGAUGACUGACAGAAUGGAUAAGAAUUUAAAUUCCAAUAAUUCUGCCAAUUUAGGUCUAAAAAGGGGAUUUUCAGCUAAAUAAUUUUAGAUUGAACAUUCUUAAAAGAUUGAGGAAUUGAAAAAGAGGAUUUAACAAUAAAACACUUAAGUAAAGUCAUACAUUGAUCCGUUUGAUCAUUUAGCUGUAAAUUAAUUAAUUUAUUAAAAUAAAGCCAAAACUUCAAGAUUAAAAAAUAAUAAAUGA